AUGUCGACGCCCUCCUCCCUACCCAUCGCCGUCGACCCCAUUGCCUUGGUGACUACAGAAUGUAUCACCGUCACCUCGGCCAUGCGCAAGCAUGCUCGCUGGGCGCAUUCUUCAGUUUCCGCAAUUCUUGGUGGCAGCAGUGCCUACAGGGUCUAUGACUACGAUUCGUCCGCUGCAGACGCCUACCGAAAUGGAGCCAGAUCGUCCAAGUAUCGGUCAUCCACCGUCGAUGAAGAUCAUUCGCUUGCAAAUAGAUGGGGUUUGAGGGGCAAGAAGGGCAAGAGCAUACAGGAUAACCCCUUGAUCUCUGCAUUUACACGUCUGCGGAGUGACCUCAAGGCUUGCCGCGAUAUCAGGUCCUUCGAUACGCCAUCUCUACUACACCCGUUCCUGCAGGUCAUUCGCUCGUCUUCAACUUCCGCCUCGAUCACCUCUCUAGCAUUAGUCUCCAUCUCCAAGUUUUUCGCGUAUGAUAUCAUCACUCGCGACUCACCAAGGCUAUCAAUGGCCGUGCGGCUCUUGUCAGCCGCCAUCACCCAUUGUCGGUUCGAAGGCAGUGAUUCCGCAGAAGAUGAGAUCGUUUUGUUGAGGAUUCUGAAAUUGAUGGAGGGAAUAUUGUCGAGGCCAGAAGGAGAACUUCUGGGAGACGAGAGUGUCUGUGAAAUGAUGGAAACUGGUCUGAGUAUGUGUUGUCAGGUUCGCCUGUCGGAGUUGCUCCGUAAAUCCGCUGAAAUUGCCAUGAUCAAUAUGUGCCGAGUCAUUUUCCUACGACUGGCAUCUUUGGACAGACAAUCACAUUCGGACCCAGGCUCUUUGAAAGAGACCCAUGACGAGGGCGAGUCCUCCAACUUCAAGAUGGAUCCGUCGGUGGAUGGAGACACGGUCACAUCACAACAUCCUUCCGCUAUGGGCACUGACGCUGCUGUCUCCGAAUAUGAACGCAGCAGCGAAGAGGAAGCGCAUCAAACAGUCAAUGGCAGAGCCGCUGCUGCUGCUACGCUUCCCGAAGACGACGUUGAUGAAGUCAAGCCGUACGCCUUGCCCUCCAUUCGAGAGCUGUUCCGUGUCCUUAUAGACCUCUUAGACCCCCAUAACCCGCAACAUACAGAUGCCAUGAGAGUCAUGUCGUUAAGAAUCAUUGACGUGGCCUUGGAAGUGGCCGGUCCUUCCAUUGCCCGGAAUCCCAGCAUGGCCGCCUUGGCUCAAGACGAUCUAUGCCGUUAUCUUUUUCAGUUGGUCCGAUCGGAGAACAUGGCUAUCCUUGCCGGAUCUCUGCGCGUUACAGGCACGUUACUGCUGACCAGUCGUUCCGUGCUCAAACUUCAACAGGAACUGUACCUAUCUUAUCUGGUUGCCUGCCUUCAUCCACGGGUAGAAAUACCCAGAGAAGCAGGCAUUGACCCAUCACUUUACGAAGGUGUACCACAGGCACCAAAGUUGGUGAAGCCACCCCCGUCCCAAACCAGCAGUGGGAGAUCCACUCCUGUUGCUAUAAAGGAUCGGCAAAGACUAGGGCUAGAAGGCGGGUCCAGAAACCCGGAAGCUCGAGAGGCCAUGGUUGAGAACAUUGGGGUUCUGACACGUAUACCGAGCUACAUGGUCGAGCUCUUCGUUAACUAUGAUUGCGAGGUGGAUAGGGGCGAUCUCUGCGAGGACUUGGUAGGCUUGUUGUCGCGGAACGCUUUUCCAGACUCUGCGACAUGGAGCACAACCAACGUACCUCCGCUAUGUCUGGAUGCUCUUUUGAGCUAUGUUCAAUUCAUCCAUGAUAGGCUGGACCACAAACCAAGGUACGAGGGCUUUCCCGACAUUGAAUGUUUGCGAGGUCAACGCAGGACGAAGAGGACUAUUGUAAAAGGCUGUCAGAAGUUCAAUGAAGAUCCCAAGGCUGGAAUUGCAUAUCUCGUAUCGCAGGGUAUAAUCGAUAAUCCUGAUGACCCUGUCGUGAUUGCGCGCUUUCUGAAGGGGACGACUCGGUUGUCGAAGAAGGUCCUGGGAGAUUUCAUUUCAAAGAGGUCCAACGAGCCGCUACUGGAUGCUUUCGUCGACCUUUUCGACUUCGCAGGAAAAGGUGUUGUCGAGGCUCUCCGGGAGCUCCUUGGCGCAUUUCGCCUUCCCGGCGAGGCACCUCUAAUUGAUCGAAUCGUCUCAAUAUUCUCCGAAAAGUAUAUGGGGAAAGCCCACCCUGAGGGCAUUGCAGACAAAGAUGCUAUCUAUGUGUUGACAUAUGCCAUUAUCAUGCUGAAUACGGAUCUUUACAAUCCUAAUGUCAAGGGGCAGAAUCGCAUGACUUAUACGGACUUUGCAAAAAAUCUGCGUGGCGUGAACGGAGGAGGAGACUUUGCGCCCGAAUUCCUCCAAGAGAUCUAUGACUCUAUCAAGGAGAAUGAAAUUAUUCUACCAGAUGAGCACGAGAAUAAGCAUGCGUUCGAUUACGCUUGGAGAGAACUUCUAAUGAAAGCAUCUUCGGCUGGAGAGAUGGUGGUUGGGCAAACCAAUAUAUUCGACGCAGAUAUGUUCGAAGCUACCUGGAAACCCGUCGUUGCAACGCUCUCGUACGUUUUCAUGUCCGCGUCAGACGAUGCAGUUUAUUCUCGAGUUGUGAUGGGAUUCGACCAAUGUGCCCAAAUUGCCGCCAGGUAUCGUCUGACGGAAGCGUUUGACCGUAUAGUAUAUUGUCUCUCUUCGAUCAGCACCCUUGCCACCGACACACCACCGAGUACUUCCCUGAAUACAGAGGUACAGGCUGGAAAGAAAAGCGUGAUGGUCAGUGAGCUUGCAGUGAAAUUUGGAAGAGAUUUCCGCGCACAAUUGGCAACAGUGGUGCUGUUCCGUGUUCUGGCAGGCAACGAAUCUGUUCCCCGGCACAGCUGGGUCUACAUUGUGCGGAUUCUCCGCAAUCUGUUCAUCAACUCCCUUAUCCCACCCCUUGACAAUACCCUUGUUUCCAAGCUCGACAUUCCACCAAUCUCUCUGCAACCGCCGUCUCAAGUUGUUGACCGUGAUAGACAGCAGAAUGAAACUGGAUUGUUGUCUGCGUUUACUUCCUACCUCUCGAGUUACGCAGCUGAUGAUCCUCCGGAACCAUCAGAUGAGGAGCUUGAUAAUACCCUAUGCACCGUUGAUUGCGUCAAGGCGUGCUCUAUUAAUGAGAUUCUCACCAAUAUGAAUUCCCUGCUAUUACCGUCAGCUUCGUGGUUAGUAGAGGCUCUUUUGUCUCAGUUGCCCGAAGAAACAGUACCAGCGGUCAUUGUGGUCAAGCCCGAGAGGCCACUCAGUUCUCGAAGGCACUCAAAUGGCCGCUUAGGGUCUAAUAAGUCGAACUAUGACCCUGGAAUGAUAUAUAUUCUGGAGCUGGCAACAGUUCUCACGCUGAGGGAGAAAGCCACGCUGGAGACCCUUGGUGAGAAUCUGUCAUCUACGCUGCAGACUUUUGUUCGCGAUGCAAGCAACCUCCAUCCCUUGGCUAUUUCACGGAUUGUAAACUAUCUAUUGAGCCUAUUGCGUUUGAGUCACGAGUAUCAUUUUAUGCGAGUCCCAGUUGUUCUGCAUGGUAUAUCUAGUUUUGACCAAGAUGUUCUGGAAAGCACUGCCGUUCCCACGGUCAAGGGCCUUUCACUAUGUAUUGCUGAACCAGGGCCUCUGAGGAAUGAGGUAACUAUCUCACCAGACUUUUGGUCAAUUCUGCAAAGACUGCAUCGGCACGAUGAGGCCGCUCCCCUAGUGUAUGAGAUACUCCGAACCGCUGUGGAGUCGAUGCCGCCCAUAAUUACUGCCGACAACUAUGAGUCUGCGGUAGGUCUCGCGGACAACUUCAUUAGUGCUGGAAGCGUGGGUUCCAUCGAUGAGCGCCAGAUGGAUUCUCGGACUCGACGAUCCAAGGGCGUCAAACAAACGAAAGUCACAGAAAAUCAAGUCGUGGUUCGCGGCGUCAAAGCAAUCGGACUCGUCUAUCAUCUUAGUAAACGAGUUCCGACUCUGAUCAAGCAGUCCCAUCUUGAAAAGAAAGAAGCUUGGGCUGCAUACUGGUCUCCUGUAUUCCAAUCUCUGACCGCGCAGUGUAUCAAUCCCUGCCGCGAAAUCCGACACCAUGCUAUCUCAACAUUGCAACGAUCGCUUCUUUCUAUCGAGCUCGUUGCAAGUGACGAUAGGGAGUGGACGGCCAUCUUCGAUGAGGUGCUCUUCCCUCUUGUCUUACGGUUGUUGAAGCCAGAGGUCUACCAUUCAGAUCCUGUCGGGAUGAGCGAAACUCGAGUCCAAGCAGCGACUUUAGUUUGCAAGAUCUUCUUGCGCUACCUCGACCAGCUACCGAACCAGAGCGGAAUGCUGGAUCUGUGGUUGAAAAUCUUGGAUAUCCUGGAUAGAAUGAUGAAUAGCGGUCAAGGAGAUAGUCUGGAAGAAGCAAUCCCCGAGAGCGUCAAGAAUAUCCUCCUCGUCAUGGCCGAUGGAGGCUUGUUGGUCCCACCAUCCCAGGACCCCAACAAGGAAAAGAUCUGGGCCGAAACCCGAAAACGCCUAGAGCGGUUCUUACCCGAAUUGUUUUUGGAGAUAUUCCCGGACGCCUCAUUGUCAACACAGGAUAGGUUCAAGUCUCCCCCGACCUCCACCGUUGCAUCACCUACUGUUCCCCCAUCGCAGGGCGCGAAUGACGAGCCUGCUAAGGAAGAUAAUAAUAAUCAUAAUAGCCAGUCAGUACCGACUCCUGAUCCCGACGUUGCUGCUGGCAAGGGAGAAGGGGAAGACUGAUUUAAUCGCUUCUUAUUCUCUCACCUUGAUCUGGUCCCCUCUCCUCCUCGGUAGAACUCAACUCUGAACUGGAUAUCAUCUAUCUACCUACCGUUCUUUUUCCUUUCACCUAAGAGGAUGAUACAUGGGUAGUCAGUCCGCAGUCCUUGGAAAGAAAGCAUUGUACAUAGAAACCAUAAGUUGUCCAUCCAUCCAUCAUCGAUAAGCAUGCUCAGAGCCAAAGAGAGAAAGAGAUAAAUCAUUUCUUACUUGCAAAUAGAAAGAUAACAAGUGGAAAUAUAUAUGG